AUGGAACACGAUGCGGAUCAGAGAAAAACAGACACAUCAGAAAUAUCAAGGAAAGAAAAAAAUAACAAUACAGAAUUAACCGAAGAGAGACAUUUCCUUAACAAAGUAGCCCGCAAUAUUCUGAACAAAAACGAACCAAAUAUAAACGUAUAUUUACUUGUAUGUUUUGUAGGAAUCACGCUAGGGUUACUGCUGCAGAUUAUUAACGUAAAAAAUACGUUUAAAAAUAUAUCAAAAGAUUAUGAAACAGAAGGACGCAAAUAUUGGGUGUAUUCUGCCUACAGUGAUGUAGAAAAUAAAAAUGGAUUAUUAAAACAUGUGCAUUUGGUUCUAGAAAGGAUUGGUUUCGAGAAAUGUACUAAUAAAACACCAUGGACACUUCUGUGGUCUCAUGAUUACCCUUUCCGAGUUUUGUAUCCAAAUUUGCAUAGAUUAAAACCAAAUCAGAGAGUCAAUCAUUUUCCUGGCACAGGAUUUAUAACCAACAAAGUUGAUUUAGCGACAUCUGACUCUAAUUAUAUUCCAAAAGCAUUUAAACUGCCAAAGAACAAAGAAGAGUUUCUAAAAUAUGCCUCCAAGAAUAAAAACGCAUUAUUUUUGGAGAAACACAAUCAACACCGAGGUGUGUUCCUCAAGAACGUGAGUGAAAUAGACUUGUCAAGCGGUGAAAGUUUCGUACAGGAAUACGUGCAGAAACCAUUCUUAGUUGAUGGACAUAAGUUUGAUAUUGGCGUGUACGUUGUUUUGACGUCGGUUAAUCCUCUGAGAGUGUACUACUACACCGGUGAUAUUUUAUUCAGAUACUGUCCAGCAAAAUACUAUCCUUUUGACCCAAAAAAUCUUGACAAAUAUGUUGUCGGAGAUGACUACCUGCCGAUCUGGGAAGUGCCAUCAUUAGCGCAUCCUUACACCGCGCUGGGAUUCGGCAUGAAGGAGGCCUUCAAUACCUACGUGCGUUCUAAAGGAAAAAACCCGGCAAUAAUGUGGGAGGAAGUGGAAAAAGCGAUAACAGAAGUUUUUCUCAAAAAAGAACAUCAUGUUAUUGAAGCUUUGAAGAAUUAUCCUUCAUCCGACAAUUUCUUUGAGCUCAUGAGGUUCGAUUUGGUGGUAGACGAAAAUUUAAAGGUCUACCUUCUAGAGGCGAACAUGUCGCCGAAUUUAAGUUCGGCGCACUAUCCACCCAACCAGUUGCUCUACGAACAAGUGCUAUACAAUCUAUUCUCGUUGGUUGGUGUUGCCAGCUAUAUAAAUGGGCGCGGAAAUGUUAAUUCAAGAGAGCAAAGUUCAGCUGAAAAUAUGGUAUCAUCGCAGAAAAACAUUGCGGUUUGGAGUGACGAGUGCAGUACAAAAUGCAGGGACCAAUGCGAAGAAUUACUUAUAUGUGGUCUAUGUAGACCAUGCCUUAGCAAUAGAUUAAGAAACAGCCUGCUAAAAUCUUACAGAGAAUUCCUUCAUAGAGGCGACUUUAAAAGAUUGUUUCCCCCAAAAAUGGUUCAAAAAUCAUUUGCACCAGAAGAAAUUAAAAACUUAAAUGAAAUGAACAAGCUUCAGUACUUAUGGUAUCAAGGGAAGUGUAAUAUGGAUAUCACCUGGUGUGCAUAA